UCUCAGCUUUCCCCACUCUCUGGACUAAAGCAACCACUACACUUUCAAAAAUGCCUGCUGAUCUCAACGGCUACUGGAAAAUGACCGUCAAUGACAACUUCGAGGAGUACCUGAAGGCGCUCGACGUAAAUGUUGCCAUCAGGAAAAUCGCUGUCCUGUUGAGCGUCGACAAGGACAUCAGCCAAGACGGUGACCACAUCGUCAUCAAAACCCUCAGCACCUUCAAGAACUACAUGAUGGACUUCCAUGUCGGCAAGGAGUUCGAGGAGGACCUGAGUGGAAUCGAUGACAGGAAAUGCAUGACCACCAUCUCGUGGGAGGGCGACAAGCUGGUGUGUGUGCAGAAGGGCGAGAAAAAUGGCCGUGGCUGGACCCACUGGGUGGAUGGAGACGAGCUGCACCUGGAGCUGAGAGUGGAAGGGGUGGUGGCCAAGCAGGUCUUCAAGAAGUCCACCUAAACACACCUGUUGCCAUGGCAGCACAGCACCAGCGCCAACAGCGGUCCAACGCAGACACACACACACACACAUAUUCCCUCUCUCCCUUUCUCUCUCUCACACAAAAAGGUAAUAUGAACAGCUCUGGGCAAGGCUGCAGUUUCAAAUCCAUACUUGAUGAUCAGGCCUUAACCAACAGCAUGAGCUUACACACACACACACACACACACACCCACCACCAUGCUGUCAGUGAGAGGACUGGACCUAUCCCCUGCAGCCGACCACAUGGGAAGCUCAUGGGCUGGUCCACACUCACUUUUUUAACUUCUGGAUUUGGGGAAGACAAGCGGGCGGUUGUGUGCAUAACAACACUUCCUGCCUUGUGUCUCCUCUUGCCCAUCGUUUUGUUUUUGUUUUUGUUUUGUUUACGCCGCACCCCUGCAUGUCAACAACGUGUGGUUUGCGUCACUAGUUAGUGUUGAGCAGGUGUGAAGCCAGUUGUAAUGUGUCACUUAGCUAGAGCAAAACCUCCUGUUAUGUUUUAGUGCCUCUUGCAGAAAAGUGCGAUGACGAGUGGUGACAACAACAACGACACGAGAUCGUAGCACGGCAGGAGAAACAGCCAUAGAGAACAGC